AUGGGGGUUGCAGGAAAGGUUGCUCUUAUAACAGGUGGAUGUGGUGGACUUGGAAAAGCAUUCGCCGAGGUCUUGCUAAAGCGUGGGGCUAUGGUGUGUCUUGUUGAUUUGAACUCAAAGCAAGGAGAAGAAGUUCAGCAACAAUUCAGUAAAACAUAUGGCAAAUCAGUUGUAUUCAAGCAAUGUGAUGUUAGUGAUAAGCAGUCUCUAGAAGAUACAUUCAAGUUUACAAAGAACACAUUUGGACGAUUGGAUAUUGUAGGGAAUAAUGCUGGAAUUGGCGAUGAAGAGAACUGGGAAAAACAAAUUGCAGUAAAUCUAACAGCUGUUGUUAGAGGGACCUAUCUAGGGUUGGACUAUAUGAGGAAGGACAAGGGUGGGAAUGGUGGAGUCAUAAUCAAUACAGCUUCUAUGGCAGGUAUGAUACCUUUAUUCACUGGUCCAGUGUAUACAGCAACCAAGCAUGGUGUAGUAGGACUCUCAAGGGCAGUAGGGUCUGAUGCCAGGUUUCCUCAACAGCAAGUCAGAUGCAAUGCACUCUGUCCUAGCUUCACGGAUACCAAUAUACUCAAAAACUUUGACGGAGAGGGAACAUUGAAUGCUAUCUCACGAGUGAUUGUUCGUGGCACAGGAGUCAUGCAGCCUUCCAUAGUGGCCGAGGCGUUUCUUAGACUGGUAGAAGAUGAGACAUUGAAUGGUGAAGUAAUGAGGGUCACAUCACAGAAAGGUAUUGACUUCAAGAAAUACCCACGAGCAGAGACAUUGAAAUUGCCACCAGAGAUGAUCAGCAAACUAUAGAUUGAAGGGACUAUCCUAAGGCUGUUUAGCGAUAUUGCUCAAUAUGAAUAAAUACUAAAUGUACAAC